AGUCUAUGAAAGCGGAAGUCUUCUGACGACAUUUGUUUUGAAAAAAAAAAGAAGGCUAGUGGAAGAAAAAUGGAGCCAAAGGCUGAGACUAGUCACAAGCUGGUGUUUGAGAAGGAGGGGGUUUACCUUCACACCAAUGCCAAGAGGAGCAACCAGGACACCACAAUCCCAGGAUUCAUUCGUAUAGUGGAACGGGGUGGGGAGCCAGCUUUGGAGUGGAGCGCACUAGAGGACGAGGGCCGCAAUACGGCUGCUGUAUUCUACACUAAAAAGGAUGGAGAAGGAGGGGUGGAGGACACCAACUUUGACCCUGGCUACGAGCCAGACUGGGCAGUCAUCAGCACAGUGAAGAGAGACCGAGUCAGAGAGCACCCCCCUGUCAAAGAGACAAGCCAGUGGUCGUUCUCCCUGCCUCUGUCGGAGCUGUACUCUCUGCGACGGUCCCGUUUCUCCCUGGGCCGUAACUUCCUGGUUUUUACUAGCAGGGGUGGCCACCCCCUCCCUCCUCUGCACUUCCAUAGGGGGGGCACCAGGGAGCUGUUGAGAGCCCUGCAGCGUUACAUCAUCCUGGCCCCAUCACCUGUAGAUGGUCGUCUCUUCCUAGCAUAUCCCCAUGACUCUGGGGCUCUCUCUCAGUCCUUUGAUGAGCUGCACCUCUUUGACGAUGGAAGCUCCGACCUCGUCUCUAGGUUUAUCCAGGACCCUUAUGCCACCACCUUUGGGGGAUUCUCCAAGGUCACCAAUUUCUUCAGAGGGGCUCUACGACCACCAGAUUCCCCCUUCCACUCUCGUGGCCCUCAGGACCACCAUGGGCCCCCCUCAGCUGAUGAUGAACCAGGCUUUGAGCUCAUCACCUGUGGGGUGGAGCUUGGUCCUAAACCAGACGUAACCAGGGGACAGCCUCUCGACAAAUGGGAGGAGUUCCUGGACCCAGAGGGGCGUGUAAAGGACCCACAGCAAAUCAAAGAGCUGGUCUUCAGGGGGGGUAUCACACCAUCCCUGAGGAAGGAUGUGUGGAAGUUUCUGCUGGGUUUCUAUCCCUGGAAUAGUACUGUGAAAGAGAGGGAGGACAUUUUGAGGAUGAAAACAGAUGAGUAUUUCAGAAUGAAGGUUCAGUGGAAGUCAGUCAGUGAAGAGCAGGAGAUGAGGAACUCCCUCCUCAGAGGAUACCGCAGCCUGAUAGAAAGGGACGUGAGUCGGACGGACAGACACAACACCUUCUUCUCUGGCAACGACAACCCAGGCCUGACUCUUCUCAAUGAUGUGCUGAUGACAUACUGCAUGUUCAACUUUGAUCUGGGCUAUGUCCAGGGGAUGAGUGACCUCUUGGCUCCUCUCCUUUUUGUCACUCAGAACGAAGUGGAAUCCUUCUGGUGUCUGACAGGUUUUAUGGAGAUGGUGCACCAGAACUUUGAGGAGUCUCAGGAGGCCAUGAAGCAACAGCUCCUUCAGCUCAGCCUGCUGAUGAAGGCUCUGGACCCUGAGCUCCUUGACUACCUGGACUCCCAGGACAGUGGCUCUCUGUGCUUCUGUUUCCGUUGGUUACUGAUAUGGUUUAAGAGAGAGUUCUCCUUCGAGGACAUCCUGUCCCUUUGGGAGGUUCUUUGGACUUGUCUGCCCUGUGAAAACUUCCAUCUGCUGAUGGCCGCUUCCAUUCUGGAAUCGCAGAGGGGGGAGUUCAUCGGCUCUGACCACGACUUCAACACUAUUUUGAAGCACAUCAAUGAACUGACCAUGAAGCUGGAUCUGCAGACAGUCCUACGAGGAGCAGAAGCUAACUACCUACAGCUGGCCUGCUGCAAAGAGCUGCCGGUGAAGGUGCAGGAGGUCAUUGGUCUGUACGUUCCCCCCAGCCCUGAUGACGAGACAAGCCCAGAAUCAGAGUCACAUGAGACGCAGUAGCUUCUCAGCCGAUCACAGGCAGCAGCUACUGAAACGAGCCAGUCAGGUAACAGCACUGCUGCUGCAGCAGCACGCCCUCGCCCUACCUACCCGUAACUCUGAAGGACAGGGUGAUUGACAUGAGGAGAGAAAGCCAUUAACCGAUAUGAGGUGUUCCAUAUAGGAAUAUAUAUGCUCAAUGGACAGUUAUUUGUUAGGUACACACAUCUAGUACUGGGUCGGACACCCUUUUGCCUCCAGAACAGCUUGAAUUCUUCGGGACAUUGACACGUUGCUCAAUUGAUAUCAAGGGACCUAACAUGUGCAAAGGAAAACAUUCCCCAUGCCAUUACUUUACCUGCCACCAGUCUGUACCGUUGACACCAGGCAGGAUGGGUCCAUGGACUCACGCUGCUUACACCAAAUCCUGACUCUGUCGUCAGCAUGAUGCAACAGGAAUCGUGAUUUGUCGGACCAGGCAAUGUUUUUCCACUUCUCAAUGGUCCAGUGUUGGUGAUGGCGUGCCCACUGGAGCCACUUCGUUUUUAGCUGAUAGGAAUGGAACCCGGUGUGCUCGUCUGCUGCAAUAGCCCAUCCAUGAAAAGGGCAGAGGUCAGCUGUUCAAGAUGGCGUUCUGCACACCACUGUUGUAUUGCGCCGUUAUUUGCAUGGAAGCUUGCAUGAUUCUUGCCAUUCUCCUUUGACCUCUCAUCAACGAGCUGUUUUCGCCCACAGGACUGCUGCUGCCUGUAUGUUUUUUGUUUGUCACACCAUUCUCGGUAAACCCUAGACACUGUCGUGCGUGAAAAGCCCAGGAGGGUGGUCGUUUCUGAGCGCCUGGCACCAAUGAUAAUACCGCACUCAGUCGCUUAGGUCACUUGUUUUGCCCAUUCUAACAUUCAAUGGAACAGUAACUGAAUGCCUGUCUGCCUGCUUUAUAUAGCAGGCCAUGACACUCACUGUCUGUAGGAGCUAACCAUUUUUGUGAAUGGGGUGGUGUACCUAAUAAACUGGCCAUUUAUUGUAUAUUGGAUGAUAUGGGGCAUAGGAGAGAGUGUUUUGAUAAUGUACUGUAGUACAUGAUGAGUGUUGCAGACUGUUACCAUCUCUGACAGACGGGGCAUUAGAGUGAACGGUGAUAGGUUUUUUUUUUUCAUGAUUGUAACUAUCCCAAAAUAUUGAAAUGGUCUACAUAUGUAGUGCUUUGUCUUUAUAUAAAUACCAUAAUACAUUUCUUCCCCUAAGUAUUUUGUGAAUCCAAGUCAUGUCCAGUCAUUUAUAUUUCCAUUUGUGUACCUGUCUCGUGAGAAUUUUUUCUUUUCUUUUUUUUUCUUCCAAAUUCUUCUUUAUGAAAUGCUUCCAUUUUAAAAUAGUCUGUUAAAUUGUUUUAUCCCUGUCUUUAUCUCAGCCCAUUUGUCCCUUUUUUUUAAUGGUGUAUCAUUGUGGUCUGCAUUAGUUCCACCCUGUUGUUCUCCUGUUGUUCCUUCUAUCCAUGCUCUCCUCUCUCUUGCUGUCCUUCUCACUCUAAGUAAUUCUACAUAUAAUAUGGAGAACAAUCUUACUGACAGAGUAUUACAAGUACUAUACAAUGCCUUCCUAUAGAGUGUUAUACAUGCAGUACUAUAAUGUUUAAGGUUUUUAACUACUGGUAUUAUGUCAUAACAAUAUUUUCACUUAUCUGAAAUUGCUGAAUCUUACCAAAUAAAGGAUACAGAAACAAUCAAUUACUGGUGAAAUUGACUCUCUUUUUCAGAUGUUUGCUAGUCAUAUGUUCCCACCAGACUGUGUGACCCCCCCCCCCCAAUUCUGUUAACCCUCCACUACCCUCCCAAACUAUUCUUCCUAACACUCCCAUGAAUUUUAAUGCGUGACUGGUCCGUGCCCUCUCCCUCAUCUCAGUUCCAUAUGAAGUUUUAGACAUGUAAAUGCUAGUACGUAUAAGAGGGAGAUCGACACGCAAACAAUGAAAGAUUUACCGGAAACCUAAAAUACAAGUAUGUAUUUGAAGUGGGGAAACUGUUGAGGUAACUGUUUGAUUGUAUUACUAUUUAUUGAUUGUAUUUUAAUAAUGGUAUUUUAUGUUCUCCUGGGCUCAUUUGGAAAAGAAGCCUGGAUCUUAAUGACUACCUGUUGAAAUAAAGGUUCAUUCAAAUAUUG